AGGAAGGAGAGGAAGAGGAGCCCGAGCCAGAGCCCCAGCCGGAGCCGGAGCCGGAACCCGAGCCGAGCCCGGGCGGGAUGGCUGCUGCGGCCGCCGCGGCGCUCGGCCCCUCGGCGCCCGCCCUCUCCAGGGCCGUCUCGGAGCUCUGCCAGAACUCCCGAGAAACCUUCCUGGAGGCCUCCAGGCUGCUGCUCCCCUACGCCGACAACAUCCUGAGAAACCCUCAUGAUGAAAAGUACAGAUCUAUCCGGAUUGGAAAUGCAGCCUUUUCUACUAGACUCUUGCCUGUCAGAGGAGCAGUCGAAUGCUUGUUUGAAAUGGGGUUUGAAGAAGGAGAGACCCAUCUUGUGUUUCCUAAGAAAGCCUCCGUUGAGCAGCUCCAAAAAAUCCGUGAUCUUAUUGCCAUAGAGAGAAGUAGCAGAUUGAACGACUCCAAUAAGGCCCACAGAGCAGAUUCGUCUCCAAAGCCCACGAGUGACAGCCAGCCCACAGCAUCCCAGCUUUCCAGUCCUGCUGCGCUAACCCAGUGCCCAGUGAACAGCCAGCUCCAGGCAACAGCUGCUCAAACGACUUCUGAUUCAGCCAUCCUAAAAAUGCUUCAGACCAAAUUUGAGGAUGUGCUUAUCUAUGAAAACCCUUCUCUCCAGAAGAAAGCUUUGUCUUGUAUUCCAGGUCAAGAAUUGCAAAGAAGAGCUCAAGAAAAGUUUGAAAGAGCUAAAAAAUUGGAUCAAGGUGCUAAUAUAAAUGGAGAGGAUAUUCUACUGAUGGAACUUCUACAGUGGUUUAAAGGAGAGUUUUUUCAGUGGGUAAAUCACCUUCCCUGCAGUAAAUGUGGUGGCGAGACGAUAAAUAAAGGAAAACUGUCUCCUGAUGAUGAUGAGCGGAGGUGGGGCGCAAGCAGAGUGGAAGAGCAUUUCUGUAGCUCGUGCCACAUCAGUAAUCGAUUCCCAAGGUACAACGAUCCUGAGAAACUCUUGGAAACCAGACGUGGGCGAUGUGGCGAAUGGGCAAACUGCUUCACGCUCUGCUGCAGAGCCAUGGGCUUCGAGGCACGCUACAUCUGGGACUCCACCGAUCAUGUUUGGACAGAAGUCUAUUCUCCGUCUCAGCAGCGAUGGUUGCACUGUGAUCCUUGUGAAAAUGUUUGUGAUAAACCUCUCCUUUAUGAAGUAGGAUGGGGGAAGAAGCUCUCCUAUAUCAUAGCAUUCUCCAAGGAUGAGAUUGUUGAUGUCACUUGGAGGUAUUCCUGUAAACAUGAAGAAGUGGUUUCUAGGAGAACUCAGAUUAAAGAAGAAGUACUUAGAGAAACAAUUAAUGGCCUUAAUAAGCAGAGGCAGCUCUCCUUGUCAGAGAGCCGAAGAAAGGAGCUCCUUCACAGGAUAAUUGUGGAACUUGUGGAGUUCAUCUCUCCCAGACCUCCUAAGGCUGGAGAGCUCGGUGGCCGGAUCUCGGGCUCAGUGGCUUGGAGAGUAGCCCGAGGAGAAAUGGGUUCUGAGAGGAAAGAAACUGUGUUCAGACCGUCUGGAGAAGAGAAAAUGGCGAAGCUUUUCCACCUCACUUACAAUCCAGUGGAUGAUUGUUAUGUCCGAGUUUCAAGUAAUAAUGACAAAAUCUCCGGAUGGGAAAGUGGUGUUUGGAAAAUGGAAUCUGUAUUCAGAAAAGUUGAGACAGACUGGAAAAUGGUUUAUUUAGCUCGAAAAGAAGGCUCAUCAUCUGGCUACAUUUCUUGGAAGUUUGAGUGUGGGUCAGUUGGGCUUAAAAUCGAUACCAUUUCCAUUAGAACAAGCAGUCAAACCUUUGCUAGUGGAAAGAUAGAAUGGAAGCUGCAUUCUGAUUCAGCACAAGUAGAACUGGCAGGAGAUAAAAGCCUUCAUUCCUAUCGUGAUUUUUCUGAUGCCACAGAAGUUAUUUUGGAAGCAAAACUAAGUGGAGGGGAUGGUGAUGUUGCCUGGCAACAUACCCAGCUGUUUAGACAAAGCUUAAAUGACCGUGAAGAAAAUUGUUUGGAAAUAAUUAUAAAAUUCAGUGACCUUUAAGAACUUGAACAUUACAGAAAUGGUGGCAAUCAUCAAGGACUUAUCAUGGUUUAAAGUCUUCUGUUGAUUCAUUGAAUAUUGGCAAUUUACCACUGCUCUCUCCCUGCUGACAUCAUUUUUUUUCCUGGCCAUCAAUCCUAUCACUCUUGUCAAAAUAAUAAAUCUUUAUGCCAUGGACCAUAGUGAAAUCCUAGAAUUUUUAAAUCUACCUCUCUUUAAUAUGCUAAUUAAUGUGUGUUAAUGGUCAGAAUAAGACCUUACUACACGGGAAUCAUAUUUUACAUUAAAAUUGCAUAUAUAGUAUCAGAAGUCAAAUAUGAUGCCCUCUUAAUGCUCCAUUCAUAGUUACGGUAAAACAUGAAGGUAUUAGUCUCGGAAAUUUGGUGUUUCCCAACCUCUAACAUUGCCUUGCAUAUUGCUGGUGCUUCAUGUUUUUUUGGGUUGGUUAAACCUUGAAUUUUUUGGUAGGUAGAUAGUGGAAUUGAUUCUUUAUGAUUUUUUACCUUUUAUCUUUAAAAUUAACAAUUGAGAAGUUAUGAUGCAUGAUAAAGUUUUUUAUUGUAAAUAUGUAGGCAUUUUAAAAUAAAAUGAACUAUUUUGCAUUAUGCCUUUUAGUGGUUGUUUUAAGACAAAAUUUCAUAAGGCAUUAUGCUUGAAAAAAAAAGUAAUAACUGUUUGAAAAGAAUGUCUUUCAAAAUUUCUUCUUUAACAAAUGAAUUCAAAGAUCUUGCUAAAGAUUCCCUAAUAUGUAAAUAUUUAUGAAAAAAAAAAGUCACUUUUGACCUGAAUCUUUAUCCCUCUCUCUGAAUAAAAAUGCCUAUUCUGGGUA